AUGUACGGCUGCAGAGCGCAACUCGAGACCACAUCAACUAGUUCUCCCCAAGCGAAAUCACCAGCUGGUAGCAGCGCAGGGCCUGUCGCCAGCGCCUCAACAGCCCAAGGAGAACGAACCCCCACUGUCCACAACAAACAGCUGCAAAAUGUCAAGGGACAAGAGCAUCAACAGCAUCCAUCUAGGUACCACAUCCGAAUCCUGGGAAAUUAUAAAUUAUCGUUCGAUCAUCUACAGAAACAGUUCCAAAAAUACUCACAAUACAACAGCCCUUGGCCCUUGGAAAAAGUCCCAUCUGACUUUUUCCAAUGA